AUGGCUACCUAUACAUAUUUUAUCAACAAACCAUUCUUUAUGGAGGUUUUCUUGUCUCUGGUUGAAAGACAAGUACGCGACGGCAUAAAAAGUGGAAAUGGAAAAUCAAAAAUGAAAGACGAAACACUUCGAUAUCGUGAUUUUAUUAUGAAGCACAAAGAAGCGUGUUGUGAACAUGCUGGAUAUGUACCUCCAAAGCUAACUCACGCUAAACAAUCCGCCGAUUAUGAAUCUACCAGGAUACCUACCGCCUAUAUAAACAACAUAAAAGCACACUUUGCCAGAAAACAGUUACCAAGGGGUGAUUUUUUAGAUGAAAAUCAAAGGUCUUUGGUGGCAAGUAUUUUGGCGAUAUAUCCUGAAAGCUAUACACUUUUAAAGAGCUCGAUAUAUUAUGAUGUUCAAGCAAUUCCUUUAAAUCAUAUGAAAGCCUUCUGCAAACUUGGCCAGCUAUUGAAACCAUUGCCAUUUGAUAAGAAGGCACUUAAGAAACAAAAGGUUGACAAAUCUUUAUUUUUUCAAGAGAUGAUGCUAACCAAUGGUGUUAGUGUUACUAUUUUGAAGCAAAAUUUUGAAUCUGGACGCUGUCAAAAAACGGAUGCUGCUGUUACAUCUGGAGAAUCCAGCACCAAUACAGGUCGGAAGAUUAAAAGAACAAAAACAAUUAAUGAAGAUAGCUUUACAAACAAUUACGAUAAACAAUUCUCAAUUAUUUCGAUUUACAAAAAAUCAAAGAAACAAGAAAUCACGACGGUUAAGGUUUUUAACAAACAAUUUGAAGCCAGAGUCUAUCCAAUUGAAAAAACAGGGGACAUUUAUUACGGAAAGCAUUUAAUGUUCAUUAAGCGUCUUCGCGAUGCCCGUCCUGGAAUUGCUAAGCUUGAUGCUUAUAUCUACUAUCUCACUCUCCUUCUGUCAACUAAGCAUAUUGCCCGAAGACUAGCAAGUCAAAAAGAGCAACUAUCAGAAGGAGUCAAUGCCAAACAAGUUCAAGUUAAGCAGGGACCGCAUGUUAUAGUACCAAAGCUCCUCGUUUUACCGUUUCGUCAAAUGAAAUUUAUAUCAAAUAUAAACUAUGACAGGUGCGAUUCGAGGUUGGCAGAGGAUCUGAGAAUUUUUUUUGAAAAGGAUCCAGUUUUCGUCUUUGGGGACUGGUCCGCCCCAAAUGUGAAGUUCCAAGAGCCAUCAAGGAAUAAAGACAUAUUGAAGUAUCUGGAGAAAAGCCGUUUCUCUAUUUAUAUGAUCAAUGAAUAUAAGACGUCGAGUUGCUGUUCCAUUUGCCCAACAGGUGAGAUGGAGAACUUUAAAAAAAAUGCCAAUCCUCGACCACUUCAAAGAGAAAAAUUUCCCAAUGUACUAUGCCAUGGUCUAUUAAGAUGUAAAAAUAAAGCCUGUUUAGUCAAUGGGAAAGGAAGGCUUUUUAACAGAGAUACAGCAGCAGCUAUAAAUUUUCGUUUAAUAUUAAAUUCUUUGAGGGAAGAAGAUCGAAGACCGCCAAGAUUUAUUAGAACAUCAAAGGUGCUCUUCAGCGGUCUCGGUAUAAUUCAAAAUUAUGUGAUAAAGAAAAGUUUUAUCUAA